UAACUUCCUCGUUCCAGGUGUUGUGCGCGUUGCCUCCUAGAAGUAGACAAUCACGUGAAUCUCAAGAUUCUCCACAUUUUCCAUGCUAACCUAGCGGUGCCACUUCCAUGCCAUGACUGUACAGUACAGUACCUGAAGAUCUCCAUCUGCGUUAUUCAUCGACUGAGCUCUGCGAGGAGCAAGCAACAUAUGAAUUGGUUUACACAAGCUUCAUCGUACUGGCACAUUCGAACGACCCUCCACUCUCGAUAAUCAGGUCAUUUCAGGAAUUGAAAGUGCUCCGAAUGUCCCCCCCUCCAUUCAUCGACUGAGUUCUUCAAAGAGCAAGCAAGCAAGCCAGCCACGAAUCUAUCCACAGAACUCCUACAUACAGCUGGCAUCCUCAACUGCAAUAUCACUUGUCAAAUGCCCCAAGGCCCGUUGCACAACGAAUCGACCUGUCAACGAUGUUUCGUCCUUCGACGUCGCUCUUGUUUCGGCCGAUGCCAGUGCUAAACAAGCUCAAGAUACAUCAACCAUUGCCCCUCUCUCCACGCGAAUCUGAACAGCUUUUGAACCUCCUCACCACCUCCUUCCGACAUAAUUUAGAUACCGAGCAUCCUUCCUUUGGUACAGCAGAUCAUGGAUCUCGGAUGACCAGGCCAAGCGCCAAGCCUCGACGACGGUCGUUCUCUGAUUUUGAUGGACACCAUACGGAUCGUCAUAUGCAUUCUCUGUUGAGCAAUCCGCUAUUCACUCCUCCUACAAGAAACAGAAUAAUAGGCAGAGAUCCCAUGGAGAUCUUUGAUCUGGCAGUCGCACAGGGAAUGAUGGAUACGAAUCAUGCAAAAGCAUGUCUGAAUGCAAAGAGACACAGGAUUAUCCAAUCGUCGGUGCUAAGUGUCCGAGAUGGUAUGAGAGAUUCAGGCGCUGGAAUGAAGGUCCUCAGGUGGCUUACAUCAAGCGGGACAUCGAAUGAUAAUCAAUUCCUGAAAGACCAAGAUUUCGCAGAGAUAUUGGUGGCAUAUAUGGUAGCAGAAGGGCUCCAAGAACACGCCUGGAGGUGGAUCAAGAGAUCUUUCAAAGACGUCUCUGCGGUUGCUUUAUUGCCAUUUGGUGCGGCCUCCAAAACGGCUCGACGGGAAGUUGCUGGGCCACUGCGCGCACUUGUGAAAAGCGAGAUGUCCCAGAACAGGAGCUUUGAUGCCGCCUACAUGUGCAUAUCUCGGGCAGCAGGCUACCUCAAAAGGGUAUCAUCUGCUGAGAUGACUACUGCUUUGCAACCUGCUGGCAUGCUUAUUCUCAAUCGGACUUGCAUGCCUACCAACUUCGCCCCUCAUCCAACACCAAGUGAAGUAACAUUCGAGUCUUUCGUUAGUCUCGUGCCCAUUAUUAGUCCUCGGAAAUACAAUCGCUAUCUAGCUCACCUCGCUCUUCUUCACCCAACAAAGCCUGAUCCUGGCCUGGCCUUGGACUACCUUCAGAACAUUGAGUCUUCAGUCGACAGCGACAAAUUGUGGGCCUUACAACCGAAGGACAAGAAGGCCAGUGUCAUUCAGCUAGGUCUAGAUGCAGCUAAAGUUCUACUUGAACAGGGCCGCCACUCGGAUAUGGAAUGGACAAUGGAGUUCUUGAGCAAGAACUUUCCGCAACAACUGGGACUAAAUCAGAGACGACAACUCGAGCAGGUCAAAGCGGAAGCUUCGAGUAUCGAGCUAUUGGAAAGCAUCGGGAUUGCCUAAAUAAUAGGACAACUUUUUGAUUGAGCAUGUAUUGGAGUUCGGUUGCUUGUAUGAGAUAAGGCGUUUACGACGGGCCGUCGAAUUUGUUGAGCAGAACUAUGAAGAUACCAAUUUUCUCUCUCUUUUUCCCCGUUUGAAAGAUCUCAGUUUGCUAUUGUAUUGUGACAUUGUCACUCCUCCAAACAUCGAUUCUGUGGUUUCAAUUUGCGUCCACUCUUCAAAUCUAUAAUAGUUUUC